AACCUUUAGUUUGGUCGCUGCUUCCACGCAGUCGAUGGCUCUCACUCGUCUCAUGAUGUCCGGCGCUUACAGAGCUCCAGCUUUUGUAUUUGCUCUGAUUUUAUACGGUGUUAUAAUAAACACAGAGGCGCAGACAGCCACUCCUGCUCCAGCUCCGGCUCCCUGUGCCUUAAGAUCCAACACCAGCUGUGCUGAAUGUCUGCAGAAUGUGACAUGUUUGUGGUGUGAACCUACCAAACUAUGUGUUGACUACCCAGUGAGGAGGAUCCUGCCCCCCAGGAGUGUGUGUCCACUGAAUGAUGCACGAUGGGGGGUGUGUUGGGUCAACUUCCAGAUUUUGAUCAUCACCAUGUCCGUGCUGGGGGGCAUCAUCAUCAUCGCCAUCCUCCUUUGCUGCCUCUGCUGCUGCUGCAAGUGUGAAAGACAUGGGAACAGUAGAGAAGAUGCAAAGGUGGAGCGACAAAACCGAGCAAGGAAGACCCGUCAGAAAGCAAAGAGAAAUGAGAUGCAGAUGAGACAUGAUGAAAUCAGGAAGAAAUAUGGUAUAGCAAAGGAUAAUCCAUACGCCCGUAUGGACGAUCAUUGAGAAGAACAUCAGAGAUGAUUCCUUAAAAAAAUCCCUUAAGAUGAUUUUACUGAUGCCAGUAACAUUGAGAUCCACAUGUAGCAUGAGAAACUGUGAUUAUCUGAGUUCAGUGUUUGCCCCAAAAUGUCCCCGAGAUGUUCUGAAAUUAUUUUGACUGAGUGUGCACUAUAUUUCAAACAUGUUUCUUCACCUAAUGAUUCACAUUUUAUACACAUUGCUCUCUGCAUUUAUGCCUUAUCAAUAUUUCUUUUGCCUUAAUUUUGAUGUAAAUGACUGUAGGAGAAUCUGUUCAGUUCACUUGAACCAUGAUUUGCAAACAUGACUGUGUUAUUCUGCAUAAAAUGCAGUAUUGUAAGAUUUCUACAACUCCAGAGCAAGUCAUAGCUUGUGGUGCUUCUUUUAUAACCAGCAGUGUCAUUUUUAUACAGUAUUUGUAAUGCACAUUAUUUUACUGAUCACCAGUCAUGUCUAAAGGUCAGCAUUUAUUUUUAUAUAAAAAGUUCAUUUAUAACAUGUAACUAAUUUUACACUGUUCUCUUGGCUUUUUUAUCUGUGGAUGAAUAUCAGGAUCAGAAUUUGUUUCAGAAUUUUCUUGGAUAGAAGAAAUGUGUGUUGUUAAAAUCCAUGUGAAGAUUUGAUUAUUGUGCAGCUGUUGUUAAAAACAACUUGUGGCCAUUUGAAAAUUAAAUAAAUAUGAAUUUUCUUUUGUGA